AUGAAGAUUGCUGAGUUGGUAACUGACUUGGCCAUGACCAAAAAUUGGAGCAGAGACUUGGAAUCAUCCACUGAAGACUUUUUUGAUUUAGGACUUACCGAUGAUGACUUCUGCCUUAUAGAAAAGCUGCCGUUUGCCUCCGUCUUUAUCUCUGUCAUCUACUUCAUGAUUUUUUUCAUUGGCUUCUUUGGGAACCUGUUUGUGGUCCUGGUGAUGGUGCAGAAACGGGGCAACCAAAGGCUUGUGGACAACUUUGUCCUUAACCUGGCCAUUGCAGAUCUUGUCUUUGUAUGUACUUUGCCUUUCUGGGCUUUGACAGAAGCAUUUGAUUCCUGGUGGUUUGGUGAAGAGCUUUGCAAAUUUAGCAGCUAUGCCAUUUCUGUGAACCGUUGCUCAAGCAUCUUGUUCCUGAUGGGCAUGAGUGUGGAACGCUUCCUUGUGAUGAAUAAGCACUGGGAUUCCAGAUCUCUCGGGACCAAGAGAAAUACCAACAUUACCUGCGGUUGCAUCUGGGUGUUUUCCUUUCUAUUAGGAAUACCAUCUUUGCUUUACAGAAAGCUGAUCUCUGUGGGAGACAGGUUUGCAUGCCAGGAUGUAGACCCUUCUGUCAUCUAUACUUUCACAGUACUUUGUUUGACUUUCUUGCUACCCUUGGGUGUAAUCUUAUUCUGCUACUGCUCUAUCUUCUCCAUGCUCCAGAGUCAUGUCAACGUAGGAAGGAAAACAAACCAUGCUCUUAAAAUCAUCUUUGUCAUCAUUGGGGCAUUCAUCUGCUGUUGGUUACCUUUUAAUACCUUCACAGCUGUCAUCACUUACGGUAUGGUACAGAACAUUGACUUCCCUUGUGAGGCAGUGAAAGCUCUCAGGAGGGGAGUUAUUAUCAGUGCUUGUCUAGCUUUCACCAACAGCUGCAUUAAUCCUAUCAUCUAUGCCUUUAUGGACCAGCAAUUCCGACAGAAGAAUCAAGCCUUCUGUUUGGCAGCAAAAAGAGGUUCAUACCAGCCACAACUGUUCCAGUUAGCAGCGGGACUGAUUUAUAUGCCUCUAAAAGACAUAUAUAGUUGCUAUUGUUGAGACCAUACAGUAGAAUUGUUAAGCCAGGUUAGUUAUGGAAGAGAGACGAGGGAGAUGACUUAGAGGAUUGGUUUUCUUGAUAUGAAAAAAUGUUGUUUUGAAAAUUUCUGAUCAAACUUUGUGGUUUCUAAUACAAUGUCAAAUGAAUUUUUUAUGAUACAUUACAUAUACUCUGUAUUUUUAUAAAAUAAAAUUCUGUUUAUAUAAAUUUUUCCUUGGUCUGUAGGAUAAAAUUGCAGAUUUAACACUUGCACAGAUUUAUAAGAGCUUCUUCAACUACCAAGAGAUAUUUCAUAUAUGAAUAGAGUGACUUGUAAUAGUACUUAUAUACUUUGCUAGAAAAUAGAUGACUGUAUAUUUAGUCAUAAGCUUACCUGCCUGCCUUAGCUCUUUGUUUAGAUAUUUUUGGUAGCUUUUGCAAUUUGACUAUUGAUUGAUGAUUGAAAAUGUGUUCAAAUAACUAUAAAAGGAAAUGAUGGGUGAGUAUCUUUUGAUAACAAGAAUUCUUUAACACAAUAAGCCAUGCAAACAAAACGACCACAAUCAAUAAUGAAACAAAGCCUUGUAUAUUUAAUUAUGGAUGAAUAUAUAAUUGAAACUUUUG